AUGAUUACCACUUUUGAAAAGAAUCCCUCUCACCAAUUGAGACUCAAGGAUUUUAUUGCUGAGAGAGCCCAAGAGUUUCAAAAUUCUGAUGAAAUAACCACAGUCGCUCUCUCAGCUUUCCUAAGUGGGGCUGUUGAUAUCACAUCAGUGAUGUGCAUUCUAUUCUUUAGAAUUGCUCACGAACCUGAGUAUCAACAGAAAAUGUUUGAGGAGUUGUGUCAAGUCUUUGGAGAGCCCACCCUCGAAGAAGUCACUUCAGAAAAUGGUUUGUCUGUUUCCCAAGAUCAAUUCAAAAAGAUUAGACUUUGUAGAAACUUUGUCGAUGAAAGCAUGAGAUUGAAUCAUAAUUACACAGUCAGUGCUAGAAAGUUGUCUAAAGAUGUUGUGAUUGGUGGCUAUCAAGUACCAAAAGAUACAACAAUUUUCAUUUUGGAGAACCCUGAACUUUCUGGACGCCAUGUCCCUCGAAGCACUGAAUUCAUACCUGAGAGAUUUGAAACGAACUUUCCGUACGCUCCUGUGAACAAUUUUUGUACGACUCCAUUUGGGUUGGGAGCAAGAAAAUGCCCAGGCUCUAGAAUUGCCUAUUCCGAGAUUGUAUUGGCAUUGGUAAAUAUUGUAAGAAAUUUCGAAUUGAGACAUAGUAAUCUAACAGCUUUUCCACGUAUGGAAACAGAUCGAUCACUGUUUUAUAUUGACACCAACAAGCACAAAUUGUAUUUAAAACCAAGAAAACAUUUGGAAUUGUAUGUCCAUGAGAAGGUGAGGCUGUAG